AUGGCCCGUCCCGGAUCAGGGCUCAACGGGCUGGGUUACCCCCCUCAGAACCUGGCCCGUGUGGUUGUCUGGGAAUGGCUGAACGAGCAUGGGCGCUGGAGACCCUACAGUGCCGCCGUGUGUCACCACAUCGAGAAUGUUUUGAAGGGAGACGCCAGAGGGAGCGUGGUUCUGGGGCAGGUGGACGGACAGCUUUCCCCUUACAUCAUAGAUCUACAGUCCAUGAACCAGUUUCGACAAGACACAGGUACCAUGAGGCCAGUGCAGAGGAACUUCUACGAGCCGUCGUCGGCCCCGGGGAAAGGUGUAGUCUGGGAGUGGGAGAACGAGAAUGGCUCCUGGACGCCGUAUGACAUGGAGAUCUGCGUCACCAUCCAAAACGCCUACGAGAAGCAACACCCCUGGCUGGACCUCACCUCUCUGGGCUUCUGCUACCUCAUCGACUUCAACAGCAUGGCCCAAACCAAUCGCCAGAGCCAACGCAAACGGCGACUUCGCAGACGCAUGGAUUUGGCGUACCCUCUCAUCAUGGGAUCUAUUCCAAAAUCUCAGUCCUGGCCCGUUGGCGCGAGCUCCGGUCAGCCCUGCUCAUGUCAACAAUGCAUUCUGGUCAACAGUACGCGAGCAGCUUCUAACGCUAUUCUCGCCUCGCAAAGACGGAAGCUGCACGGGCAAGCGGGGAACGGUGCUACGGGGACGCUUACGACUGUGCGGCAAAGCAACACAUUCACUGGAACUUCUCUCUGGUCACCAGCAUCCACCCCCUCGGGCACCAACGACAAUAACAUCCGUGCAGGGGGAGGACAAGCCAAAGCUGAGCAGGUGCAAGUGCCGCUGUCCAAAGCCAACUUCCCAUGCUCCCCUGUGAGGCCCUCGAUCUCUGCACACGGCCACCACACACUCACCAUCAACGGGCAGAACAACCUCAACCGCCCUGGCACCCAACGGAUUUCCAUGGGUACUGCCAGAGGAUCCAUCCCCCCGGGUGUUCCUGCUCUGCCUGUGAAGAAUCUUACCGGAUCUGGACCCGUACAUCCAGCACUGGCAGGUAUGACAGGUAUCCUGAUGUGCGCUGCAGGUUUGCCUGUGUGUCUGACGAGAGCCCCCAAACCCAUCCUCCACCCCCCACCCAUCAACAAGAGCGACCUCAAGCCUGUCCCUGGAAUCAACGGCAUGCGCCGCAAAACCAAGAAGAAGCACCUGAGGAGAGGAAAAAAUCCAGAGGAUGUUGUGAAAAGAUACACGGACAAGAUAAAAGUGGCACCAGAUGAAGACUGUACCAUCUGCAUGGAGAGGCUGUCCAUGGCGUCGGGAUAUGAAGGUGUCCUGCAGCACAGAGGAAUCAAGCCAGAGCUGGUGGGCAAACUUGGCAAGUGUGGCCACAUGUACCAUCUGCUGUGCCUCGUGGCCAUGUACAACAAUGGCAAUAAGGAUGGCAGUCUUCAGUGCCCCACAUGUAAAACCAUCUACGGGGAAAAGACCGGAACUCAGCCUCCUGGGAAGAUGGAGUACCAUGUGAUUCCCCACUGCCUCCCCGGAUAUCCUGACUCCAAAACCAUCCGCAUCGUUUAUGACAUUCCUGCUGGCAUCCAGACCAAUGAGCAUCCCAGUCCUGGAAAGAAGUUCAGUGCAAGAGGCUUUCCAAGACAUUGCUACCUCCCUGACAAUGAGAAAGGCAGGAAGGUUCUGAAGUUGCUGACCAUGGCCUGGGACCGCCGCCUUAUCUUUACCAUUGGGACGUCCAGCACGACGGGCGAGACGGAUACUGUGGUGUGGAACGAGAUUCAUCAUAAAACUGAAUUUGGCUCCAACCUGACAGGCCACGGAUACCCUGACCCAAACUAUCUGGACAAUGUCCUGACCGAGCUGGCAGCACAAGGAGUUGGCGAAGACAACUUAAAGGACUGA